CAUGGUUGCGCCCAUACAACUCUCAUAAAUUACAACCAAGGUCUCGCAAGUGUAUCUUUUUAGGUUACUCUAUUGAUCAUAUGAGUUAUAAAUGCUUUGAUCCUAUUUCUGGAAAGGUCUUUUACUCAAGACAUGUUGUCUUUGAUGAGCAUGAUUUUUUCUACCAAAAAUCCCACAACUUAGUCGCAGGUGGUGGCACUCAAUCCUCUGCUAGCCCAUCCGCAUUAGCUACUGUUUCUCCAUCGGACAUUGCUAGCCCUCAAGCGUGCUCUCAUGGUGUGGCCCAUCAACAUGACCCUCAGGUAAAUUCUCCCACUAAUCAUCUCUCUUCCUUCUUACCUCCUAUGGUCCAAUGUCCCCCAAAUCUUCCAUCUCCAUCUCAUACCCGUGAGCCCUCCUACCCACCCAUAGUCAAGGACCCAAGCCACACAUCUUUGAAUCCUUCAACCCCAGCCCAUCCCACCUCCAACAAACCACACCUAGAACAUCUAUCCUCCACUCAUGGCUCUCCUCGGGCCCAUUUGCCCUCACUUCCCUCAUCCCCGAUCCAACAAGUUUCCUCUAGUCCCUCUACUACCUCUUCCAGUUCCACUUCUGCACCUACAGUGUCUGCUCCUCACCCCAUCGGACCUACACGAACUCACAAUAUGACCACCCAUUCUCAAAAUAAUAUCUUUAAACCUCGCACUCUAUUCCUUGCCACAAAGCACCCUCUCGACAGUUCGAUUGAACCCACUUGUGUAAGUCAAGCCUUAAAAAAUCCUCAAUGGCGUCAGGCCAUGUCUGAUGAGUUUAAUGCUUUGGUUAGACAGGGUACUUGGGAACUUGUUCCUUGCACUGAUGUUCAAAAUGUCAUUGGCUGUAAGUGGGUGUUCCGUGUCAAACGGAAUAAGGAAGGUGGUAUUGACCGAUACAAAGCACGUCUUGUGGCUAAAGGAUUUCACCAACGACCUGGGUUCGAUUACUUUAAUACUGUUAGUCCGGUGAUCAAACCUACAACAAUUCGUACAGUGCUUUCGUUGGCUGUGAAUAAACACUGGCCUAUUCGCCAAUUGGAUGUUAAUAAUGCCUUUUUGCAUGGGAAGUUGGAAGAAGAGUUGUUUAUGGAGCAACCACCAGGUUUUGUUGAUAGCUCUCAGCCCCAACAUGUUUGCCGCCUUCAUAAGUCCAUCUAUGGUCUCAAACAGGCUCCUCGUACUUGGUACCAAGAGCUCAAAGCGUUUCUACUUCAGCAUGGGCUUGUGAACUCCCGGUCUGAUUAUUCCCUGUUUAUUUUUCAUUAUCAGUCAGAAUGGGUUUAUUUCUUAAUUUUUGUUGAUGAUAUUAUUGUUACGGGCAGUACCGAGAAGCUAGUUGAAUCAAUUAUCUCCUUAAUGGGUGCCACCUUCUCCAUCAAAGAUUUGGGUUGCCUUAACUAUUUUCUUGGUGUGAAUGCUAUCUUUACCAAUGCUGGUCUCUUUCUGUCACAAGCUCAAUACAUCCGUGAGCUAUUGGCCAAGUUUGACAUGAGUGAUGCUAAGCCUGUGCAGUCCCCAUUGUCCACUGUCCCGUUGCAAUUACAUCAAGGAAAUCAGCUCUCUGAUGCUCAACCGUAUCGUCAACUUGUCGGUUCUUUGCAAUACCUUGCUCUUACUCGACCGGAUAUCUCUUUUGCUGUCAACAAAUUAUCUCAGUUUCUUCAUGCUCCAUCUGAUGUUCAUUGGCAAGCUGCGAAGCGGAUUUUGCGGUAUCUUAAAGGUUCUUUAUUUCAUGGUCUUCUUCUUCGUCAACAGCCGAUCUCUCCUUUGCAUGCCUUUUUUGAUUCAGAUUGGGCUGGGGACAAGGACACUUAUCAUUCUACAACUGGCUAUGUGGUGUUCCUCGGCAGCAAUCCCAUUUCUUGGCGAGCGUGCAAGCAAAAAACUAUUGCUCGCAGUUCCACCGAGGCAGAGUACCGUGCACUCGCUGCUGCUUCUUCUGAAUUGGUUUGGAUUAAGCAUCUACUUCAUGAACUUGGCCAUCCUGUAUCUGAAUGUCUUGCCAUUUACUGUGACAAUGUUGGAGCUACCCAUCUGAGUAGCAAUCCAGUCAUGCAUACCAGGAUGAAGCAUAUAGCAAUUGAUCUCCAUUUUGUUCGGGAACUAGUUGAUCACAAGGUCCUUCGAGUGAGCCAUAUCUCCAAUGUCGAUCAAUUAGCCGAUGGCCUCACCAAACCACUUUCAUCGCGUCGUUUUGCUCAACUCCGAACCAAGAUUGGAGUCACCGAUGGGAGCUCCAUCUUGAGGGGGCGUAUCAAGGAAAUCACUGCUGAUUGAGCAAGAUUGUUGCCAUUGAGCGAGAUCUACUGAUUGAGCGAGAUUCUUGCUAUUCAAUAUCCCUGAUUUGAUCUGUAUUUAUUGUAAUAAUGACUAAGAUAUUUACCUGGUAUAUAGCUGGUUCAGUUUCCAUUCUUCUUGGCUGUAAUACAUGUAUAUAUUACCAUGAAAUCAAAGUAGAAGACACGA